AUGACGUCACGAGACCCCACGUGGCCUGCGCUCCGCCCUCGGAGCCCGGCCCAACCCCGCGAGGCUCCCGCCGCUCUCGAGCAUGCGCAGAUCAAGCGGGGCGUCGGGCGCUGUCCGGUGCAGGCGCACACGGCGCCCCAGCAGCCGCGAGAGGAGGUCGACGAGAAGAUGCCGCUGUCGCCGCCACCUCAAGGCGAUCCCAGGGAGCCCAGCCCGUCCAAGGCCCCCAAGAAACACGGCUCCUUCCAUCUCUGGCGCCCCAAAAAGAAGCAGCCGCCUCCGCUGUCUCAGUGCGGAGUGUUCGUUCCGCACCCGGCGCCCGUCGGCGAGGCCAGAGCUCUGGAUGUACUGGAUGGAAGCCAGCAAGAACCCCAGGAAUUUCCACUACACUGUGGGGAGCCCCAGGUGUGUCACUCCACAGGAGAGGUGUCUGCUCCUACGCCUGCAGACUCCACCCUGAUGAAGAAGUCCAGAGCACAGCCACCGGAAGAUAACAGAAAGAAGCCGGUUUUGGGGAAACUUGGCACUCUGUUCACGGCUGGAAGGAGAAGGAACACCAGGUCUGGCCCCGAGGGUUCCACCAGCUCCAAUACCAAACCAGCCUCUCCCAGAGAUGUAACCUCUUCUAACGCCCCUGAAAGAGACAGUGAGAAAAGUAAAUGUGAGAACCACCAACCGAAGCCACCGGACCCGAGGGAGGACAGCUCCUCCCAGGAGACCCAAGGCGAGGGCUGUGUCCUGGCAACCUCGGGCGACGCCGCCGAAAUGUCACCUGGCUCGCCGAGUGCCGCGGCCGGGCAGCCGAGCCCCGACAGUGAUUCACCCCAAUUAGAACCCCUGCAGGCAGAGGGAGAGCCGUUCCCAGAUGCCACCACCGCUGCCAAGCAGCCGCAUUCCUCAGCGCCGAACCGCUCCGGGCAAGAGAGCGCAGAGGCGCACGCACGCCGUCCCGGGGAGGACGCGCCGCCGGACGCUGGGCACCCGCAGCAGACAGCCCGGGCUUCGGAGGCUGCGUCGGGAUCUCCCACCCGGGAGCGGCCGGUGGAAGGACGAGGCGAGGUCCCCGAGGGAGCCCCCCACGCGGGUGCGUGUAGCGACCCCCAGCCCCCCGAGGACGCCUCUGGCCCGCGCAGUGGCCCUCCCACCCCGGGCGAGCGCGCGCAUCCCUCCAAAGCGUUGACUUUGGACAUCUACUUGAGCAAGACCGAGGUGGUGCCGGUGGACGAGCCGGUUGGAAUCGCUGCUCCCGGGGCAGAAGAAGAUUUCGGCGACUCGGACGACAUGGAUAAGAAAUCGAGCGGCCGCCGGUCGGGCCGGCGGAGGCGAUCGCAGAAAUCCACCGACUCGCCGGGCGCGGACGCCGCCGGGCCGCCUGAGAGCGGAGCGCGGGACGACGCGGUGUUCGACGACGAGUGGCCUCUAAAGCCUGAUUAUCUUAUUGAUCUCCUGAUGACCAAGUGA